AUGUCCAUCGAGGUUGACUGGAGGACCGCCACCUCGGGUCCCGACGGUGACGCUCUGGCGGAGCGCAUCCGCUCCUUUAUCCAUGACAAAUUCCAGCAGGUCGCUCUGCCUCGUUUUAUUCGAUCCGUUCACGUCCACUCCUUCGAUUUCGGAACCAUUCCGCCCGACCUGGAAAUUAAGGACUUCUGCGAGCCAUUUGCCGAUUUCUACGAGGAGGACGAUGAAGGUGAGGAGGAGGAUGAGCCAAUCGAGCGCUCGGAGGAAUACGCCCCUGGUCAUGGUGACCAGUGGCAUCAUGGACAUCGACGCCGUUCCGACCUGAACGAGCCCCCAUAUCAGGAGGAAUUGGCAGGCCACCAGCCACUCCGCGAUCCUUUCAUGGAUAAUGCCUUUCCAUCCUCGGUCUUACGAUCUUCCAUGCCCCUAGGUGAUCACCUCAACUCGCAUUUCCUUCCUCGAGCCGGCACCCCAGGCAUCCCCGGUGGAACGUCGACGUUGGGCUAUCACCUCAUGUCUCUGGGCGGGCUUUCCGGGACACAGACCCCUCUUGCUGCAGUCGCCGGUGGCAGCCCCUUUACGAGCGGGUGGGCGGAUUCAGGAAUGCGACCGGGAAACAACUAUUAUCCCAUGUCUCCCAUACCAGUGCAUCAAGACCAUCCGGAAGCCGAUAUUGACAAUAGUAACCCAACUUCCCGUCCUUCAACGUCAAGUACGCUUCCCUCGCAUCUAUCCGGCUCCAAGCGCAAUAGUAGGGAUGGAACAAUGGGAGAAGGCCCUGGGUCACACGGAGAAGACCUUCGCCUCGGUGGGGAUGCCACCUCAGGAGAUCCGCUCCGACUGCCUCCUCGGAUGCGGGAGCGACGACCGGAAGAUUUCCAAGUCUUGUGUCACGCCAAGUACGCAGGCGACAUUCGGCUGUCGUUGACCGCGGAGAUUCUGCUGGAUUAUCCCAUGCCCAGCUUUGUGGGGCUGCCUCUGAAGCUCAACGUUACGGGCCUCACCUUCGACGGGGUGGCGGUCGUCGCAUACAUCAGUAAGCGUGUUCACUUCUGCUUCUUGUCCGCCGAGGACGCGGAUGCGCUCGUCGGAUACGAUCGGCAGGAGGCCGGAGGACAGGGGGGUCAAUUCCGACCUGGGGCCGAACAUCAAGGGGGCUUGCUACGUGAGAUUCGGGUCGAGAGCGAGAUCGGCCGUAAAGAAGAUGGGAAACAAGCCCUCAAGAAUGUGGGAAAGGUGGAGCGGUUUGUUCUGGCUCAAGUGCGACGAAUCUUCGAGGAAGAACUCAUCUAUCCCAGUUUCUGGACGUUUCUUAUUUAA